AUGACAUUGUCAAAACUUUUCUCAAAAGCAGCUGCCCGUGCGGCAUCUACAUCCGCCGCAGCGCAAACCACUAAAGCUGCCGGUGACAUCUCGUCGGUCUUCCCAAGUCUAAGACCGGAUUAUCAGCCGGAGCCUCUUCCUCCACGUUUUGGAGACUUGAAGAGACGGCUGUUUGAAAAGAAUGAAAAAGCUUUGACAGAGAGUUGGAAGAGACUGUUGCCUAGCUUGGAGGAAGAAGUGGAGAAGAUCAGGACGAAAGGCAGUGAUAUAAUUCCCUCUGUGGACUACGCCGAUGUCGUUUCGGGAACAAUCUCCGAGGCGACUAUGAAAGAAAUCCGCCAUCGCGGUACUGUAGUCAUUCGAAAUGUCAUUCCGCGCGAGAAGGCAUUGGAUUACAAGCAGCGUAUUCGUGACUACAUUGCUGCCAACAAAGAGCGUGUUAAGGCAUUCCCUGCCGAAUCGCCAGCAGUCUAUGAGCUCUACUGGACCCCAAGCCAAGCAGAAGCUCGUGCUCACCCCAACAUGCUCAACACCCAGCGUUUCCUACAACGUUUGUGGCAUUCAUCCGACCCCAAGACCAAGCUGUCAACAUCCAACCCGCUCACCUAUUCGGACCGUCUGCGCAUAAGGGAUCCCGGUGAUGCCAAGUUCGCCCUCGGACCGCAUGUUGACGGUGGGUCGCUCGAGCGCUGGGAAGAUGCCGAGUACUCAAGUGUGUACACUAAGAUCUUGGAGGGCAACUGGGAACAAUACGACGCGUGGGAUGCGAAGCACCGCCUGAACGCCAAGAUGGACCUGUACAACGGUGCCGGUGCCUGUUCCAUGCUUCGCUUCUUCCAGGGCUGGAUGUCAAUGUCCGACACUGCUCCCGGUGAGGGCUCUCUGCACGUGUGCCCUAUGAUCGUUCACAGCACCGCGUAUACCAUCCUCCGUCCCUUCUUCGAUGUCAACAGCCAGCAGCCUAAGUUGGAUGCCACCUUCCCUGGUUCUGUUCCCGGCGCUUGCCAGGAGUACAACCCUGUGACACACCCAGAACUGGAGCUAGAGACGACUAUGGUGUCGGUGCCAACAGUUGAGCCCGGUGACUUUGUUGCCUGGCACUGCGACAUGCUCCACUCUGUCGAUAAAGAGCACCGCGGUAAGAGUGACUCUAGUGUGCUCUACAUCCCUGCUACCCCUCUGUGUGACAUGAACAUCGACUACCUGCUCAAGCAGCGCCAGGCUGCAAUUGACUAUUCGCCUCCAUGGGAUUUCCCUGGUGCUGGUGGCCCUGGCGAAUUUGGAUUUAAGGGAGCUAUGGACUGGUCCGCACUGGAUGCCGAGGGACAGCGAGCUUUGGGUCUUGGUAACAAGCCCUGGGAGAUCACUGACGAUAUGAGUGAGGGCGAGAAGGAGGCUGUGCAGUCAGCCAACAAGGCUUGCUUUGGCUUGUAA